GUGAUCUUGCUAACAAAUUCACCGCAAUCAGCUCAGAGUGCCCCCAUGCCUUCAACACUCAUCACCGGCCACUGGAAAAUAUCCUCCCUCAACAGUUGCUCCCAGCCACCCACUCCCCACCGGCACCGGAGCUCCAAACAUUCCCAGCCAGCUUCCUUCCGGCCGCCGAGCACGAGCACCUCGCCACCUCCCCACGCUCGGCCAUGGAGGACUGGCUCUUCUACUCCCUCACCACGCUCCUCUGCCUCCUCUGCUCCCUCCUCCUGCGCGCCGGCCGCGCCCGCAGCCUGGGCGGCAGCAAGGCCCACGCCGCCGCCGACUCGCUCCCUCCCCUCCCGCCAGGGCCAGCGCCGCUGCCGGUGUUGGGCCCGCUGCUCUUCCUCGCCCGCCGCGACUUCGACGUCGAGCCGGCGCUCCGCCGCAUCGCGCGGGACCAUGGCCCGGUCUUCACCUUCGCGCCGCUCGGCAGGUCCCGCCCCACCAUCUUCGUCGCCGGCCGCGCAGCCGCGCACCGCGCCCUCGUCCAGCGCGGCGCGGCCUUCGCGUCCCGCCCGCCCACCACGGGCGCCGGCGUCGUGCUCACCAGUGGCGGGCGCAACGUCAGCUCCGCCCCCUACGGCGCCACGUGGCGCGCGCUGCGACGGAACCUCGCGUCCGGGGUGCUCAACCCGGCGCGGCUCCGGGGCGCCUUCUCGCCCGCGCGGCGGUGGGUGCUCGACGUCCUCGUCUCCCGCGUCCGCUCCGACGGCCGCGGCGGGGAGUCCCCGGUCCCCGUGAUGGAGCCGUUCCAGUACGCCAUGUUCUGCCUCCUCGUGUACAUGUGCUUCGGCGGCGACCGCGUGGUGGACGACGACGACGCGCGCGUGCGGGACAUCGAGGCCACGCAGCGGGAGCUCCUCGCCAACUUCCUCAGCUUCCAGGUCUUCUCCUUCCUCCCGUCCGUCACCAAGCUCGUGUUCCGGCGCCGGUGGGAGAAGCUCGUCUCGCUGCGGCGGCGGCAGGAGGAGCUCUUCCUCCCGCUGAUAGAAGCCAGGAGGGACGCCGGCGCCGACGGGGACUGCUACGUGGACUCCCUGCUAAAGCUCACCAUCCCCGAGGACGGCGGGAGGGCGCUAACCAACGGCGAGAUCGUGAGCCUCUGCUCCGAGUUCCUCAGCGCCGGCACCGACACCACGGCCACCGCGCUGCAGUGGGUCCUGGCGAACCUCGUCAAGAACCCGGAGAUGCAGGGCAGGCUGCGGGACGAGGUGGCCGGCGUCGUCGGCGCCGCCGCCGGCGAGGUGCGGGAGGAGGACCUGCAGGCGAUGCCGUACCUGAAGGCCGUCGUGCUGGAGGCGCUCCGGCGCCACCCGCCGGGCCACUUCCUGCUCCCGCACGCCGUGCACGAGGACACCACGCUGGACGGGUACCGCGUGCCCGCCGGCGCGCCGGUCAACUUCGCCGUGGGCGACAUCGGGCUCGACGGGGAGGUCUGGGACGCGCCGUCAGAGUUCCGGCCGGAGCGGUUCCUCCCCGGCGGGGAAGGGGAGGACGUCGACCUGACGGGCAGCAAGGAGAUCAAGAUGAUGCCGUUCGGCGCCGGCCGGAGGGUCUGCCCCGGCAUGGCGCUCGCGCUGAUGCACCUCGAGUACUUCGUGGCCAACCUCGUGAGGGAGUUCGAGUGGCGCGAGGCUGACGGCGAGGAGGUGGACCUCGCCGAGAAGCUCGAGUUCACCGUCGUCAUGAAGCGGCCGCUCAAGGCCAGAGCCGUGCCGCUGCGGUCGCCGCCGCCCACAGUCGCAGCUGCUUGAUCGAGUGUUCUCUCUAGAUAGCAUGGCAAUGAAUUGGCAACAGAAAGAGUGUUCUUCUGGUUGCUCUAGCUGUGCAUACCAUGGGAUUAUAGAACCAAAGAUACAUGAUGUUAAACAGAUUUCUCUUGUUCUUUUGGGAACUUAGUUUGAAGCAGUAAGGUAAUGCUGCACUAAUGUGCUUGUAUAAUGUGUGUACAAUAAGGCAGCAGUUAGUAAAUAUUUACUUUACUGAACUCCAAAUGAAAAGUGUAUAGAAAACUUGUAUACGUUUCCAGAGCACUUGGAAGCGUUCAGCAUUCAGCAAGCACAUCGAGCCAUUCCUCUAUGCAUUGGCUUGACAGUUUUCCA